UACACCUGUCGCUAGCUCGAUAGUGCUCACGGUAACGGCCGGAAACUGCCCCUCGAAUCUCGAUCAGCUUAGCUUAGCUAUAAAUUCAGCACCAUGCAUGCCAUUGCAACCUGCGCCUGAGAACACAGCUAGCUCACUCUCAAGCUAAGCUAAGCUAGGAGAUUAGACGAAGAAGAAGACCUCUAGCUUUUUCCAUGGCCUACUCCUCAUCCAGCACAUUGAGGUCGCCGCUGGUGCGCGCCGCCGUCGUGCUGAUGCUGCUGCUCGUCGUCAUGUCCGCCGCCGUCUCGCGCGGCGAGCCUGAUCAUGAUCAUGUGCAGCUCCAGCUGGCCGUGAUCACCGGGCGGAGAAUGCUCGUCGUCGCCGGGAGCAACACUGCCACUACGAUCAGCUCGCAGACGGCGGUGGCGGCGGCGAUGCCGUACUCCGAGUCGAAGAGGUCGAGCCCCGGGGGGCCCGAUCCUCAGCACCAUUGAUUGAUCCUGUGGGAAUUUUGCAUGAGGCUGUCCAACUCCCUACGUGGAAUCAAUCAAUUAGUAACUACUAAUUAAUUCACUGUGUUGUUGUGCGCAGCUAAUUAAGGUGGUGUUUGGGAGGGGAGGGACUUAUUUUAGUCCCUCUCACAAAAACAUAAGUCUCUCCUCUAGAGACUUAUGCUUUUGUUUAGCCCCUCCCACCCAAACACCAUCUAAGCUAAUCGAUCGAGCUGUAUGGUGUGGUGAGCUAUUGUAUAAGUUGUAAUUGAGCCAAGUUCAGUUCUCAUCGAGCUGCGAGCCUACGAUGUGGACUAUCGGUAUGGUUGUGGUAGUAAUAAAGUUUGCAAAGAUGA